CCUGUUCGCCAGCAUCGUGCUGGGCAACGCCGCCGUGCUCGUCGCGCUGCUCGUCAACAAGGCGCGCAAGUCGCGCAUGAACUUCUUCAUCAUGCACCUCGCGCUCGCCGACCUCUCCGUGGGCGUCAUCAGCGUCUUGACUGACAUCGUCUGGAGGAUGACCGUCUCGUGGAAUGCGGGCAACGCUGCCUGCAAAAUCAUUCGGUUCCUGCAGGUGGUGGUGACGUAUUCCUCCACAUACGUGCUGGUGGCCCUGAGCAUAGAUCGCUACGACGCCAUCACGCACCCGAUGAACUUCUCUGGCAGCUGGCGCAGAGCCAGACUCCUUGUGGUGUCUGCGUGGCUGUUGUCUUUUCUCUUUUCUGUGCCCAUCAUCAUCUUCUACGAGGAGAAGACAAUCCAAGGCCACCCGCAGUGCUGGAUCGACUUCCAGGAGCGCUGGCAGUGGCGGCUCUACAUGACGCUGGUGACCACCACGCUGUUCGUGCUGCCCGCGCUCAUCAUCACCGCCUGCUACACCGUCAUCGUGCUCACCAUCUGGAGCAAGAGCAAAGUCCUCACGCCGCCCAGCCGCCUCAAGAAUGGCGACCACAGAUCUGGCGAUGAUCACGACUCCAGGCGUGCCAGCUCCAGGGGUCUCAUACCAAAGGCUAAAAUCAAGACUGUCAAGAUGACUUUCGUCAUCGUGUUCGUGUUCAUCCUGUGCUGGAGUCCGUACAUCGUGUUCGACCUGCUGCAAGUGUACGACUACGUGCCGACGACGCAGACCAACAUCGCCGUGGCGUCCUUCAUCCAGAGCCUGGCGCCGCUCAACUCGGCCGCCAACCCGCUCAUUUACUGCCUCUUCUCCACGCACAUCUGCCGCAGUCUCAGGAGCUGAAGACUACCUCCACCACCUUGUGCCAGCCACCAGCUCAUGCCAGAAAUGAAGAUUCUGAA